CUCGUAGUCAGCGAGGAUCUCUUUGUCCUUCUUGUUCUUGUUGGAGUUGGACAUCUCGCCUCAGAUCAUGUGACCACCCUGGACCGUCCAAACACUUUUAAAGGUUCCAGGCUGCUUCUUCGCCCUCCAGCAUGCUCGCUACAUCCGCCACUGCCGCAGCAGACCCUCGCUUUGGCCCCCAGCACCUCCACGCUGACGAGGAGGAGGAGGAAGUGGAGGGCACGGGAGGGGGAGCAAUGAGCCGCGACGGCGUGUGACGUCACGAUCAGCACAAAUGAGCAAAAUCGCGUGAACGCGCCAACCUGCCGGUACGCCCACUGGCAGCCGCGCACACGCACAUAUGCAUGCUGUGCACGCACCAUGCACCAUGUUGCCGUCGUCACCUUCAAGGCGGGAGAUAAGGGAGGAGCAGACCCACGCCUCAUGACAGCUCAGGGUAGCAGGGGCAUGCUGGAGCCUAUCCCAACUGACUUCGGGCGACAGGCGGGGUACACCCUGAACUGCACCCCCCUCUGCAGACGAGCGUCUGCCAUGUCCCAGGGUGCGUGGCCGCUGCUGUCCGUCAAGCCCACCCGGGCCCUGGUGGAUGAGGCAUUCAAGGUGCUGGUAGAGAAUCUGCCACCAGGAGCUCCAGUGACCCUGCGCUCCCUCCACCAGUCGGAGGACAGAGACUACUGGGAGGCUUAUGGCCACUACAUCAGCACCUCCACAGGAGUGGUGUCUGUCACAGAUGACUUGAGCUUAGGAGGAACUUACCAAGGAAGAGAAGCCAUGGGUUUGCUGUGGAGCAUGCAGCCUGUCCCUGGCAGCCGUACGGGCCUCAGGUUGCGGAAGAUGAACGUCCGCAGCCCCAUGCUGGUCUCCAUCUCUGUCUACGGUGGCCAUGUUAGCGAAGACUUCAGCCAGCGACCUCCUCUGGCCACCGUGCUCACAGAGAGGUGGUACAUGGCGCCGGGGGUCCGCAGGCUGGACAUCAAGGACAGAGGGGUACGGGGGACCCUCUUCAUCCCUUCAGGUCCAGGACCUUUCCCGGGUAUGCUGGACAUGUGGGGGGGCGGCGGGGGGCUUCUGGAGUAUCGCUCAGCCUUGCUGGCGUCGCACGGCUAUGCCUCUUUGGCGUUGGAGUAUUUUCUCCCCGGAGAGCUGGCAUCGGCUGACCUAGAGCUGGCCUACUUUGAAAAGGCCUUUGAAAUCGUCACGCACCAUCCUGCCAUCAUCCCGAGCAGGGUGGGAAUAUUGGGCCUUUCCCUGGGCACCAUAGUCGCCAUGUAUUUGGCAUCUGAGAGCACCGUAAAGCCCACAUGUUGUGUUUGCAUCAGCGGCGGCCAUUUUUUCCCACGCGGCAAAACCCUGAGUGCAGUCCACCAAAUGGUCUACGGGGACAUUGAAAAGCUCCACAUGGAUGACAAGCACAAUCUGAUCUGGCGAGACAUCAUGACCAUCUCCAGCGACCUCUCCUGGAAACUGGACGUGAGGAGAAUCAACUGUCCUGUCAUGUUGGUUAACGGCCUCGAUGACCAGAAUACACCUACUGUGGAGUUUGCAGAGGAUAUUUUCCAGAUGAUGCGUUCAGUUGGUAAAGAUCACCUGUUGACGCGUCUGGAGUACCCUGACACUGGACACCUGAUCGAGCCGCCCUAUUCGCCUCACUUCAGAGCCACCAACUUCAUAUGGGACAGCAAAAAGGGCAAAGUGUCCAUACUGUGGGGCGGACAAACCAAACCACACUCAGACGCACAGGAGGACUCGUGGAAGAAGAUCUUGGCGUUUCUGCAGUAUCAUCUCUACUCCAGACAGAGUCCAAGAGCCAGGAUGUGAAGCAGGGCCUCACACUAAAGUGUGGGACCACCAGGUGGUGGGAUGUUUCCUCUUAGCUGAUCAUGGACACCAUCUUCUUCAUGUGUUGCUGUGGACACAAAGGCAUGAGUUUGUGCUGAGGAAAUGAGAUCUACAAGUUCAAUGUGGUUCUUCUACUACUCUGGGCUUGUCCCAUCAGGGACUUGCACAGCGGAUCACGUCUUUCCAUCUUCCUCUUAGGCCUGCCACCUGCAUGUCCUCUCUAACCACAUCUAGAAAUAUCCUCUUUGGUCUUCCCCUCCUUCUCUACCCUGGCAGCCCCAUCUCCAGCAUCCUUCUACCAGUAUAAUCCCAAUCCCUCUUUCUCACAUGGCCAAACCAUCUCAUUCUCUUACCAUGAUGUCGAACUCGGGCAGUUCCUCUGAUCUGCGCUUUUUUCCAUCCUUGUCACCCCCAACAAUAAUCUUCAGCAGUUUCAGAACAUCUUCAGCCUAAUGUUUAUGACUGCCAAACUAGAGUUUUGCCAGCACUUUUUCCACAUUUGUGAAAUAGAUGCAUGUUUCCUCCAAGUUAUACACACAACAGCCGAUAAAGUCAACCAUGUUUGCAAUGUAUUCCAAAUAAAAAGCAAACAGAAUAGAAAUCACAUGUGCAUAAAUAUUCACAGCCUUUGCUCAGCACUUUGUUGAUACACAUUUGGCAGCUCUUACAGCCUCAGGUCUUUUGGAAUACGAUGCCACAAGCUUGGCACAGCUGUCUUUGGGCAUUCCUUUUUGCAGCACCUGUAAGGCUUCAUCAGGUUGGAUGGGACGUGUCACGUGUAUGCAUCUCUCCAGGGAUGUUCAGGACGAUUCAAGUCUGGAGUCUGGCUGGGCCACUCAAGGACAUUUCCAUACUUUUUUUUCGAUCUUGGCUGUGCUUAGGAUUGUUCAGCCCAGUCCGAGGGCAAGAGUGCUCUGAAGCAGGUUGUCACUUAGAUUUUUAUUGAACAUUUUUCUUCAAACAGAAACAAAAAAACAAGCAUUCUUUUCGUAACAGCCAUUUUUGUUUCUCAGUUCAAGUUACACUUGCUAAGAAGGUACAUAUUGUACUAGUGGAUCUCAAGGAAGUUCUAAGGAGAGCUUCCAAAUGCAAAAAGAAGAAAUGAGAGUGAGACCAAGCUGUUAAAAAGAAAAUAGCUUAAUCCUGAGUGCGCCCCUAAGCCACAGUUUGUCAUUACUCUUUUUUUCAGAAAUUGAUUUAUAUUUUUGGAGAGUGUUGCAGGGUUUUUUGCGCUGUGCUCUUCAACUUUCCUCUCACUCCCAUUUCUCCUUUUUGCAUUUUGAAGCUCUACUUAGAAGCACCUUGAGAUCCAACAGUAGAAAAUGUACAUCCUUGCCAUUUUUCUUAAGAUUUGGAUGAGGAGUGUGAGUAAGAUUUGGAUGUUCUGGUUGAUGGGUCAUCUUCUAUGGUUCAAUACAGUGGUUGAUAAAUGUAGAUGGAAGCAUGAAAACUGUUCAUUUGCAUAGAGAGGGCACACUGUCAGAAGCAGGAAGUGUGUGCAGGAUGAAGGUCACCAACUCCUGCAGCAUGUGGAGGGUGGUCCUGCUGAUGAGGUAGUGAGGGGGGAGCUUCUCUUGGACACACGACAGUUUCACAAAGUACCUGCCAGGGG